AUGCUCUCGUUCCGCUUCCACGACUUGCGGCCGUUUGAGGGUAAAGCAGCGGCCAUCAAACGCCCUCGGGAAGUGACUGAGUUUUCCUUUGAUGAUCAACACGUUUGCUUUCCUCUAGAUGGCAGAAGCUUGCGCUACUACUAUCCUCCAUUUUUCGACGUCCCAUGUGUACCUGAAAAGCUUCGCAUUGAUCUUUCGAAAGGCUUUGGAACGUUUCAGAAAUACAAUGACACCACGGACUUGCAUCUCAAUCCACUGCUCGACACGAUUCGGCUUCAUGAGCAGCAAACCAGCACGAAAUUGGAUGCAGACUUCCUCACAUGGCGAGGCAUGAUGACCAAAAUAUUGGCUGCGCCUUUUGACGGCUUUGGUGAAUUCGAGAUGAACGCGACAUAUUUUCAGGGAACUGUGUACAUCGAGGAGAAUCAGUCAGCGAAAGCAGCCCAGCAGCGAGUCGACGGCAAUCAACAAAGGCAGCGCCAAGGACGUUUUGAUCCGGACCAAAUGGCGUUUUGGGGAUACAAGUUUGAGACACUUGCCACGUUACCGCGACCACUUGCCGAAUGUUCUCGUGAUGAGGUAGAAAAACGCGAGGAUGAGAUCGUGAACAACCAUGCCCAAUACUGCUCCGUAGUACGAACCGGGAUCGGCAAUCACAGUAUCAUAAUCGGCGGCGAAGUGGAUGCUGUGGAAGGCAGCAAACCGGACGACCCAGCUGAUCCGAUUCCCUAUGUGGAGCUGAAAACAAGCGAGAGUUUCAAUCGCGGUGAUCAGAAGGCGGCUACCAAGUUUGAACGCAAGAUGUGCCGUUUCUGGGCUCAGUCUUUCCUUCUUGGCGUGCCAAAGAUCAUCAUCGGCUUUCGAAGUGCGAAUGGCCAUCUGGAGCGCCUUGAGGAGUGGAAGACGCUUGACAUUCCGAAUUUCGUGAAGCGACAGGGAUUCCAGACUUGGGAUGGCAACACAUGCAUCAACUUCGCAGCCGCUUUCCUUGACUUCCUCAAGUCAAACAUCAACAACGAAGGGACAUGGACAAUCGAGCGACGCAAAGGCGCCAAGGAAAUCACACUGCAUAAGAUCAGUGAGGAAUAUUCUAUGGACAUCGUCCUGCCAUCGUUCCGCGAGCACCGGGCUCAAUUGAACCAAGAGCAAGAACAUCCGAGUCAGCAGGGCUCAGAUUGACACUGAACACCAGAGCUCAACGUAAAAGCAGCAGAAGCUCUUGGAUGGUCCGCUCCUGCAGAUGCUCCACUACGCUCAGGAUAGCAUCUGCCCGCGCCUCGCCGAACACUGGCCGCACCAAAGAAACGAAC